AUGCCGCGUUCUUUUGCCUCCUCCCGGUCGAGCCAGAGCGACAAGAAGAACCAGAACUCGCUCUCCAGCAAAUCUGACCAGCUCGCGACGAAUGAGCCACCGUUAUCACUGCGCUCUAUGCAGCACCUUGAUCGAGAUGGCAAAGUGAUCGCUGACCCCGACCGGUCGAAUCCCACCAGAGCUCGCCUGGAGCGCCCGUUGGAUACAAUUCGGGGGUUCGAGGCCGCUAUCGAAGCACGGCGGGGACAGAACAUUUUGUAA